GUUCUUUGCAUCAAAGAACAAGACAUAAAGCUCUCAAAGCAUCCCGAUUUCCCACCUUUUAUUUCCUUGCUGCUUUGAGAAAAGCAAAGCAUAAUCCAUUUCUUAACCCGGUGUCGUGGCUGCCGGCCACUCGAACCAGUUGCAAGAACAAAUGCACAUCAAGCAGAUGCUUCCCCAGCAUGAGCGCACCACCUGACCGAUCAUAACGCCUGCGGAGGCCGGCGGACAUCGCCGGAGAAUCCAGCCAUGUCCUCAGGUCCGGCGAGGGGAAGCGGCAGCAGCAGCGCGGGAGAGAGCCUCCGGAACUCCUGCAACGACUUCGCCCGGACCCUGGCGCGGCUGCCGGCCAGCAUCAUGGAAGGCCUGUCGAGGUCGAUCCCUCGCCGUCGGAGCCACCACCACCCUAUCCCCCACCGUCUCCAGCCACCUCUGCAAGCGCCUCCGCUCCUUCCUCCGCCGUUCGUCCCCGAGGAGCUCUUCUUCUUCAGCGUGUUCGAGCAGCAGUACGGCGCGCACCACCCGUUCUUCUACGCCUGCCGCUUCGCCGACGCCCUGAGGGCCGCGCGGAGGGAGGGCAAGCUCGUCUUCGUGUACCUCCACGACCCGGGCCACCCCUACACCGAGCCCUUCUGCCGGCGGACGCUCUGCAGCGACGUGGUGGUGGAGUUCCUCGACGCCAACUUCGUGUCCUGGGGAGCCGUCAGCGGCACGGGGGAAGGGCCGGGCAUGGUGGCGUCGCUGCAGCCCGGUAGCUUCCCCUUCUGUGCCAUCGUCGCUCCGGUCUCCGACGAAAGCAUCGCAGUCCUGCAGCAGGUGGAGGGACCAGUGUCACCGUCAGAGCUGGUGGAGAUCUUGCAGCGCACCAUUGACGAGCAGGGCGCGGCUUUCCGAGCCUCCAGGCCUGAUGAGCAGGCUGCGGCCAUCAGAUCCGCCAGAACGGCCGAGGAAGAAGAGAGGAGAAGGUCGGCUCUGCGACUGCGACAAGAGCAGGACGCAGCUUACCUUGAGUCGCUUCGGCGGGAUCAGGAGAAAGAAAGAUCCCGCAAGAGUCUGCAAGAGGGAGCUGCCAAGCCGAGGGCAGGUAACCAGCUUCGCGCAAGACAUCCUGGCCAGGCAGCACGCCAACCUACCAAGCCGACCCAGAUCAGAGCAUCCCCUCAGAAGGAAACUGCAGCUUCACAAAGAACUGAACCUAAUACCAAGAUCAUGAUAAGGUUUCCCAACGGUGAGAGGAGGCAGCAGAGCUUCCAUCACACGGACACCGUCAAGGAUGUCUACAGGUAUGUGGACUCCUUGGGCAUACCAGGCAUCGGACGCUACCAGCUCGUGAGGAGCUACCCAAGGAAGACGUACGGUCAGCAGCAGCUGGGGAUGACUCUCGGAGACGCAGGUUUCUAUCCGAGUGUGACGUUGUACAUUGAGCAGCUUUCGUAAUCUUGCUGGGUUGCUGUAAUCGUGAUUCGUGAAACUGGCAUAAAUUUCAAGAAAACAAUGCGAUGGGAAGAUCUGGAGAUAUAAAUGCCAAAAGUUCAGAAACUUAUCUGUGUA